ACUCAUCAUCAUUCACAGCUUCAAAUUUUCAAUACUCAAAUUAACAAUGGCGAUUUUCUCCACAUCACAUCUUCUCUUCAUCUCCUUCAUCAUAGCCACAUGUACAAUUUCUGUCUCCGGUACAACCUUCACCUUAACAAACCAUUGCGGCUCCACAAUCUGGCCUGGAAUCCUCACCGCAAACGGCGCACAACUCGGCGACGGCGGAUUUGCCUUAGCUUCAGGAUCUUCCGUAACCUUCACCGUUUCUCCAGGUUGGUCCGGUCGAUUUUGGGCUCGAACGUAUUGUAACUUCGACGCCUCAGGCUCAGGUAAAUGCGGUACCGGGGACUGCGGCAGCAAGUUAAAAUGCGCCGGCGCAGGAGGAGCUCCACCAGCCACACUCGCCGAAUUCACAAUCGGCUCCUCCGGAAAGAAAAACGCCGUGCAAGAUUUUUACGACGUGAGCCUCGUAGAUGGUUAUAACGUUCAGAUGAAAAUCACACCGCAAGGUGGCUCAGGGGAUUGUAAAACCGCGGGAUGCGUUUCGGACGUGAACGCGAUUUGUCCAAAAGAGCUACAAGUUACGGGCCCAUCGGGUGUUGCAGCGUGUAAGAGUGCUUGUGAGGCUUUUAACAAGCCGGAGUAUUGUUGCACCGGCGCGUAUAGUACACCGGCGACUUGUCCGCCCACGAAUUACUCGAAGAUAUUUAAACAAGCUUGUCCGAGUGCGUAUAGCUAUGCAUACGAUGAUGCUUCCAGUACUUUUACUUGUACUAAUGCUAAUUAUGAGAUCAGUUUCUGUUCUUAGGCAAAAAUCGCCUUUAUUAUUCAUUAAUUAUUAUUAUUUAUCAAUGAAUAAAAAGAUUGAUCAUUUUUAACAUA